AUGGGGCCAGGAGCUGAGGGCGUUCUAGGACUGGGGAGUGACUCUGCGGUCCUUAGGACCUCCAGUCACAGGUGCAUUGGAAAGAGCUGCUGCCUCAGAUCUUGUGAAGCUGUGACCCCAUCCAGGGAAGCAGUGCCGGCAUCUUCCCCUUUGUCCUUCCUUGACAUUGAAUUGCUGGGGACAAUACUACUCCUUCUACUUAGGAAAGGAUACGUAGCAACUGGCUUAGAUCAUGGCUUUGUUUUGCUUCCACUAGGACUGUUUUGUUUCCAAAAGAAAAUAAGUUAUGCCUUCACUUUCUCCCUGGAGUCCUGCACCGUGGGUAGGAAAGAUGACCAGCUUUGCAGAAAGGACAUGCCCAUGUCAUGA